AUGGAUAGCAGUAACAAGGAGAAUAAAUCACUGAGAAAGCGUGAAGCUCGCCCAGGAGCUAGGAAGGUCUCUGCUCUAUCUACGGAACAGCUUGAACGAAAACGUGCCAACGACAGAGAAGCACAGCGGUCUAUACGUCAACGAGCAAAGGAAAAUACCGAGCAGCUCCAGCAGCAUGUUGCUAUGCUGGAAGCACAGGUUGCUGGAAUGCGGCCGCGGUACGAUCGAUACGACGAGUUGAUGCAGCAUAACGCGGCUCUAGAAGAGGAAGUCCGUGUCUUGAGAGAGGAAUUGGCUGCCUUUACUGGAAGGCCGGGCUUGUACAAGGCCGAGCACGUUGGCUCUUAUCGAGGUGGCUGGCCAGUGGAUGAGGUGCCAGUGAAGACAGCCAGUGCCUCGUCAAGUAGCCCAGCUAUCCCGCUGCAAUUCGCUGGUUCGUCUCAUCAGGCAUCGGAUAUACAUCGAGCUCCCUCUACACUCUCACUCGCUGCCUCAAUGCGCUCACUUCAUGGAAAUAACUGGCAACCUUAUAGCGGUACGCGAUCACGCUCACUCGGGGAUUGUUCUGAUCAAGAAUCUUCAACUCGGAUGGAGCCCUAUGUGAUCGACGGGCGGCUACACCAAGGCUCACGUCUGGUGCCCCCUUCCCUCCCUGGCGCUCCUCAUAUCAGCCUUGGCAGUCCGACCAGCGCAUCGAGCCUGCAAAUGCCCGAUGCACCUUAUCCUCCGGUUCCGUUGCAAUCCGACCCUAAUCAGGCCGUCUGUGCUCAACUUCCUCAGUCUUACCGGCCGGGACCGUCACUUCAGAGUCCUUCAACUCAGAACACACCCAGGGAUCAAACAUUUGUAUACCACCCGUGGACUUCUGAGUCCUGA